GGCUGCGCCGGGCUCCGGAGUCGCUCUCGCGGGCGCCGGAGGAAGAUGAGGCUGAAGCUCGGCUUCAUCUUACGCAGUUUGCUGGUGCUCGGGAGCUUCCUGGGGCUGUUGGUGCUCUGGUCCUCGCUGUCGCUGCGGCCCGACGAGCCCAGCCCGCUCAGCCGGAUGCGGGAAGAUAGAGGCUUUGAUGGCCCUCUCCCGAACCGAGGAGGCAAUGGACUAGCUCCCGGGGAUGACAGAUUCAAACCUGUGGUGCCCUGGCCCCACGUCGAAGGAAUUGAAGUAGACUUAGAGUCGAUCCGAAGGAAAAACAAGGUCAAAAAUGAACAGGAGCGCCAUGCUGGGGAAGAUAACCAGAAAGACAUCAUCCAGAGGCAGUAUCUCACAUUCAAGCCUCAGACAUUCACCUACCCUGAACCUGUGCUCCACUCAGGCAUUCUUGGGAACUUUGAACCUAAAGAACCUGAGCCUCAAGGAGUGGUCGGUGGCCCCGGGGAGUACGCCAAGCCUUUGGAAUUGGGACCAGAAUUUAAGUCAGCAGUUCAAGCCAGCAUUAAAGAAUUUGGAUUCAACAUGGUGGCAAGUGACAUGAUCUCCCUGGAUCGCAGCAUCAAUGACUUACGUCAUGAAGAAUGCAAGUACUGGCAUUAUGAUGAAAACCUGCUUACUUCCAGCGUUAUCAUUGUCUUCCAUAAUGAAGGAUGGUCAACCCUCAUGAGAACAGUCCACAGUGUCAUUAAGAGGACCCCAAGGAAAUAUUUGGCAGAAAAUCAGCACUUAAAAGAAAAACUUGAUGAGUAUAUUAAGCAGUGGAAUGGUCUAGUGAAGGUAUUUAGAAAUGAAAGGAGAGAAGGUUUAAUUCAAGCACGGAGUAUCGGUGCCCAGAAGGCCAAACUUGGACAGGUUUUGAUAUACCUUGACGCACACUGUGAGGUGGCAGUUAACUGGUAUGCACCACUUGUAGCUCCCAUAUCUAAGGACAGAACCACUUGCACUGUGCCGCUUAUAGAUGUCAUUAAUGGCAACACAUAUCAGAUUGUACCCCAAGGGGGUGGUGACGAAGAUGGGUAUGCCCGAGGAGCAUGGGAUUGGAGUAUGCUCUGGAAACGGGUGCCUCUGACCUCUCGAGAGAAGAAACUGAGAAAGACAAAAACUGAACCAUAUCGGUCACCAGCCAUGGCUGGUGGUUUAUUUGCCAUUGAACGAGACUUCUUCUUUGAACUGGGUCUUUAUGACCCAGGUCUUCAGAUUUGGGGUGGUGAAAACUUUGAGAUCUCCUACAAGAUAUGGCAAUGUGGUGGCAAAUUACUUUUUGUCCCUUGUUCCCGCGUCGGACACAUCUACCGACUUUCAGGUUGGCAAGGGAACCCUCCUCCCGUGUAUGUUGGGUCUUCUCCAACAAUAAAGAAUUACGUGAGAGUGGUAGAGGUUUGGUGGGAUGAAUACAAAGAUUAUUUCUAUGCAAGUCGUCCUGAGUCCAAGGCAUUAGCCUAUGGGGAUAUAUCAGAGCUGAAAAAGUUUCGGGAAGAUCACAACUGCAAAAGUUUCAAAUGGUUCAUGGAAGAAAUCGCUUAUGAUAUCACUUCGCACUACCCUUUGCCUCCCAAAAACGUUGACUGGGGAGAAAUCAGAGGCUUUGACACUGCUUACUGCAUCGAUAGCAUGGGGAAAACAAAUGGAGGCUUUGUGGAACUUGGACCCUGUCACAGGAUGGGAGGAAACCAGCUUUUCCGAAUCAAUGAAGCUAAUCAACUCAUGCAAUAUGACCAGUGUUUGACAAUUGGAUCUGAUGGAUCGAAAAUCAUGAUUACACACUGUAAUCUCAAUGAAUUCAAGGAAUGGCAGUAUUUCAAGAACCUGUACAGAUUCACUCACAUUCCUACAGGCAGGUGCCUGGACCGCUCCGACGUCCUCCAUCAGGUGUUCAUCUCUAGCUGCGAUGACAGCAAGACAAGUCAAAAGUGGGAAAUGAAUAACAUUCACGGCAUCUAGAAAGAAUGAAGGAGCCAGUGUGUACCCACUGGCACCCGCUUCUAAACCUGGACUGAACCCAGCCUGAAACCUGCUGCAACUCACACACUCUGUACAGCUCCCAACCCAUCACCUCCAGAUCAAUCGGUUUUGAAGGACAUUGAUAAACUGUGAUGUUACAAUAAUAACAUUAUCAUCUGCAGUUACUGUUUACAAAACUGCUUUUUACCUUAAACUUUGUAGAUGUUUACAUCCCUUUUCGUUUUGUUUUGAUUUAAGAUGAUGUUGGUAAUUUGUGCCUUUGGCUCUGUUUUGCUAGGAACAGGGUUAAAGGCUUCGUUGUCUUUUCGGGAUUACACUCAGGGGUCUGAAAGGCAGUUUGAUUUUUUUCCUCUCUCUUAAAUACACACUUGAAAAAAUAAGGUUGGAGUAACCAGAUGUCAUUUAUAACUUGGUGAUUGUCAACCUGUCGUGUCUCUUAUUUAAUUUGACAUCAGUUUGAAGCACUGCCACAGGUUCUAGCCAUGGUGGCCUUCCUUCACAGUCAUGCUGCUUUUUUGAAAGGUGAAUUUCAACACAUUUAGUGCCUCUUUCAUUUCUCAGUCUAUAUUUCAAGAGCUUUUGAUGCAAUUUCUAGGAUGGUUUUAAUGGAGUCGUCACCUGUCUGACUACUUUUCCUUCCUUGACAUGAAUUUAUAUGCUACCAUGUGUUUUGACAUUGAAUGUUGUUUCAGUUGUCAAAGAAAUGACAAUGGGGACCAUCCAAAGGCUUAUUCCAGAGGGGUUGAAGAUAAUGUAUCCUUAAUUUCUAAAAUCCUUUGUUGAUACCAGUUCCUAAGAUAGCAAAGUGACUCAUCAACUAGAGAAAAAAAAAUGUCCACUCAAUUUGGAUCUGUUAUUUCUUAAUUCUUUCUUGUCACUCUAGGAAACAAAUAAUUCUCAGCUUUGAAGCCUUCAAAUACUGGUUAACAGAAACAAUAAAACACCACUGUAAACCACAUCAAAGAUAACUCUGCGGGCUGGAGCAAUAGUACAUUUGUGUAGGGGGCUUGCUUGCCUUGGAUAUGACCAUCCCGUGUUUUAUCACCCCAUAUGGUUCCCCCAAGCCCUCCAGGAGUGAGCCCUGAAUGCAGAGGUAGGAGUAAGCCCUGAACACUGCCAAGUGUGGCCCAAAAAAAUGAAGGGGAAAAAAAAACUUCUGACUGAUGUCAGAAUGUCCAACCCUCAUUAGUCUAAGCCUUACAAAACUGCAUUAUAAUCUAAACUGUGCAAGAUUGAAGCCAAGACUCUGAAGCCAAGACUGAAUGGAUGUUUCAUUUCUGUCCUCACACAGAUGAAAUCCCCUGCACAUUGGAAUCAUUUUUAGAGGAUUAUUUAAAAAUUGUUGAUCAACAAAUCAGAAUUGUUUUCUGUUCAGAGAAUAUAUUAUUUCCCUAGUGUUUCUUCAAUUAUUUUGUUGUUGUUGUUAUUGUUUUUGAUGUGGGUGGCGGGAGGGAAGGGGAUGAACCAUAUUUCUGUUAGUGGUUUGUUUUGUUUUUUUCAUUGAAAAGGUAACUUGUCUGUAUUUAAACAUUUAUUAAGACAGUAUCUUUUAUACACAAACUGAAUAUUACAAGGGGUCAGAGAAGUCUUAAUUUCUAAACAGAUAGUAUUUUAUUUCCCUCAAGUACUUAAAUGCUACAUUAAGUGUAAAAAUAAAAAGCGAUAAGAUGGUCACUAAUAAGUAAAUUAAGCAUUUUUAUAUUGAAUCAUGAUAUAAUAAUGAAAGGAGUUCACAGACUCAUUCACCAGAGGGAAAUAUUUAAAUAAAAGCUUUAAAACAAUAUGACCUACAUUACUAUAAAAGGAAAGCUUACAAAUUUGUCUCUCUAAGCUCAGCUCCCUAAUAUGGAGUCAAAGACCACAUCCUAAAUAAAGUUUUCUUGAUAAUUCUGAUUUGUUGGUUUGUAUUUUGCUGUUGAUCUCUGGUCAACUGGUUUAACUUUCAUUCAUCUUCAGAAAUAUUUAGAAAGGAGUGCAUUUCUAUGCUUUUAUAAUUGCAAAAUGAAUCAGCUGAAAAAGAAACGAAAUACUGGUACUAUAAUUUAUAAUUACUUUGUUUUUUGCAAAUAGGCUCCAUUUCUUUGUUGAAUAUAGAUCAUAACCUUGUUAACUAUGCAUAGUCUUAAGAAAGGUGGCACCAAACUGUGCAUGUAAAAUUUAAAUGGGUAUUUUGUGCAAUUCAUCAAUAUAAUCUAUGACAAUGAUUCUCUAUAUUGAAAUUAGCAACCUUACCAAACACAAGAAACAUCAGAAGCUGCUGCCAUAAUCACUAUUUUCUACUGUAGGCUGCUUUGGAAAGAAUUCACAUAUUCUUGCUUUGUAAAUUGAUAUUAUCACUAUGCAUUUCUACACAUUUUAUAAAUUUGAUUUAUGCAGAUUUUUGAUACACUGUAUGUUUCUGUAGAAAUUGUAUAAAUAUUCAAAAUUUUAUUGGGGAUAAACUUGAGAAGUUUAUGUAUAUCUUAAUUCUGGGUUGCUUGUUUUUUAGGUGAAAAAAAUAAAAUACUGUAUUUUAA